GGUUGAAACGUGACCUGAUACGGCAUUUGGAAGACACUUUCGUAUAGUGUUUUGUUACGAAGAAUGUUUCUGCAAUAGAAGUGGAGUCACUUAGGUCAAAGUGUUUACUGGAUCUACUAACAGGGAUUCGCACGGCUCUAUCCUGGUAUGCGUUAGAGCUGUUCGGAGAUGGCUGACCCCUGGGAGGAGUGCAUGGACUACGCAGUAACCCUGGCAAGGCGAGCUGGAGAGGUGGUUCGCGAAGCUCUGAAAAAUGAAGUGAAUGUUAUGAUUAAAAGUUCUCCAGCCGACUUGGUCACUGUGACUGACCAGAAGGUUGAAAAGAUGCUUCUCUCCUUCAUCAAGGAAAAGUACCCAUCUCACAGUUUCAUUGGUGAGGAGUCCGUGGCCGCCGGCGAGAAAAGUGUCCUCACCGACAACCCCACGUGGAUCAUCGACCCCAUUGAUGGGACCACUAACUUCGUGCACAGAUUUCCUUUUGUGGCUGUUUCCAUCGGCUUCGUUGUCAAUAAAGAGAUGGAGUUCGGCGUGGUGUACAGCUGCGUGGAGGACAAGAUGUUCACCGCCCGGCGCGGCCGGGGCGCCUUCUGUGACGGCCAGCGGCUGCAGGCCUCCGGGCAGGAAGAUAUCACCAAGGCGCUCCUGCUGACGGAGCUGGGCUCCUCCCGGACGCCAGAGACCGUGCGAACCGUCCUCGCCAACAUGGAGAAGCUGCUCUGCCUGCCCACCCACGGGAUCCGAGGAGUCGGGACGGCAGCUGUCAACAUGUGCCUGGUGGCCAGCGGAGCGGCGGACGCGUAUUACGAAAUGGGCAUUCACUGCUGGGACAUGGCGGGAGCGGGCGUCAUCGUCACCGAGGCCGGCGGUGUGCUGCUGGACGUGACAGGGGGACCGUUCGAUUUGAUGUCGCGGAGAGUCAUUGCUGCGGGCAGCAAAGCCUUAGCGGAGAGAAUAGCCCGGGAAAUCCAGGUGGUGCCCUUCCAGAGGGACGACGAAGACUGAGCUCCCCGCCUCGCCCGCGGCCGCACGCUGCUCUCAGAUGUGCUGACACCGGUGGUGCACAAAGUUUAGGACUUCGUUUCAGCCCUGUAAUCUGAUUGGCUUACGUUGUCUUGAUGUCUAGGUUUAAGAAUUGCUACUUGUUCCAUAUUGUCCUAGGACUAGGUAGGCACGGAGUUGAAAUAUUUCAUUGUAAAAUUCCAUGUAAGAAUGUACCUUUUGGCAGCUGAUGAGGUGGUAUCUCGUCCACCAAAGUAGUGAGCAUUCAGUUUCCGAGUCGGUAUGAGCCUCUGAAAUUUUGACUUGCUACUGAUGUACCUCAGCAUUCUUAAUUACAGAGUCAACCUUUUGGGAAAGAAUUUAGAUUGAAAGUAAUUUUAGGUUGAAAAGCCAUGGUGUGUUGAUUUGUAAGGAGUGUGCUGAGUCCUGCCUGGGCCGGGCUGCUGUCUCUGCAGAGUCUUGCUCUAUGCAUGGCUGCUCAGCUGGCACCUGCAGGCACCGGGCAGGCGGUCGGCAGUCCACAGGAAAGCAUUGGAACCGCGAGGCUUUUGGAGGGAGCAGUUUCUGGUUGUAGCAGAUACAUAGUGAAGAGCUCACCUUUCUGCGUGAUCACCAGGUUUUGAAGUAAGGCUAUGUAGCCACCCCUUAUAUUUCACAUUACCGUUCCUAGAACAUUUCAUUCCGCACGUCCCCACAGCUGUCCCUUAAGUGUGGGCAUUUCUGCAGUGCGUGUGCGCCGGGACCUGCCUUCCUGUGCCCAGGGACCGGUGAGCGCCGGAGCCCGCCCGGGGCAGGCAGGCGGAGUUGCUAAUAUUGAGCUUGGUCCUUCUUAGACUCCUCGUUUCACUUCGUUUCCACCGGUUUCUGUUCAGCCUUUAAAUAUUCCUUAAGGUCUUUGGCUUAUCACUCAAAAAGAAAAUUGCUUCAGUUCAUAGAUGCUCUUACAGAUUUAUUUAUUUGUUGGCACGUGAACAGACCAAGUUUAGUUACAGGCUAUGCGAGCCUGGUGUUGGAGGGCACGGAGGUGUUCAGGGCAGGGUAUUCCAUUGUGCGCGUCUCACAUUAAACGGUGUCACUAAGACCUGAGUGUCGUCAUCGUGCGUCUGUGCUGUUGGCCACGUGCAGUAAAACAUCUCAUCCUGUGUUCUUGCAAUUAAAUAUAUUUUAAUUAAGACAAUCAUGAAUGACAUUUUAAAUAAAACAUAUAAUUGAAAUUUUUAUUAAGA